AUUAGGAGAUUGUUUAGUUACAACACUUCUGUAAUUAUCACUGACAACUUCUCAGUCUAUAAAGAAAAUUAUGGUGGUGUUCCUGGUGCAUGUUUCAGUUGAACUAGUUUCAGCUUAUCUUCAGUGACAUUUACAAUUUAACAUUUACACAGCCGUUCUGUGGAAACAUUAGCUAUUUCAAAUACGUAUUGAGAAAUUCUUUGUUCUGCUUUAGGGUUGGGUUUUUCUAAACAUGUGAAAGUGUUUCCACAAAUCAAGAAAGUACCCUCAAAAUUUUUCAUUGCAUUUUAAGAGUGUUUACCUAUUGGAGAAAAUAACCCCCCUAUCAUUCAAGUUAAAGUUCAUGACAUUUCUAUUCAUAUGCAAAUUCAUAUUAUAUUACAUGUCCUUUUCAUUUCCUGUAUAUAACAGCAUGAAUCUCAAGUGACAUACCCUAUAAAUUAGACCAUUUAAUGAGUCUUUCUUAUUUCAUAUUGGAGCUGCUAGGUAAGUUGAACAUCUUUAGUUUUCCACUUAAAUUAUGUUGAAUCCUAUUAAACUGUAUCACAAAGCUUUCAAUUUUAGAUUUUUCUUUGUGUCUCAACAUUUUUAUUAAAACUAUCACCUACUUUUACAGAGAAUAUCACCUGAGGUGAAGAUACUUUGAAAGAUGGAUGCCAUAAUGGGAGAAUAAGUUUUAAUAACUGUUUUGCUCUUAAACCAAUUGAUAAAGACAGCAUAUCCCACUUUAUCUUAACCUGCCUUUCUCCUAUAAAGCAGACAUGCCUAUUGCUCACCUGUAAAAUUAAGGCUGAAACUUUAGCUUUUUGCAUGGGGAAAAAUGGCAUAUAGUGGUAUCUGCUGUACAAAAGAGCUGUGAAGGAGAUAUUUUGGUUUUUUUUCUCUUCAGAAUCUUGUAGACAAGCAAACAAAAUAUUUCAAUUAUUCAAAAUAACCUAACUUGGUAGUACAUUAAUGACAUUCAUGUCACUGAGGGCAAAGCUUAAGGUACAUAAAAAACCUUCAAACUCAGACAGCAAAAUUAUGACACAAUGUGGUUGUUGUUUUUGUUUUUUUUUCCAUGCAGGACUGUACACUGGAGAGUAAACCAACUUGUUUUACAUUUGGCUUUAAAUAAUGCUGUCUCCACAGUUAUUCCACAAAAUCUUAGGAGUAGCUUUUCUCCUGCUCCUAUGCUGUGCUCAAGGUAAACCUGCAAGAAUUCCUCCGCUGCCCAGUGUUGCACAUAUGCUUGAAAAUGGGCCACAUGAAGGAUUUAUACCAGUUUUCCCACCGCUGGCUGAUAAUGAAAUGGAAGAUGUUACCCGUCAAUUAGAUCAUGAGAUUUCCAGAAUUGAAGGAGUUCUCCACUUGGAAAAGCUGAUAACAGCAGCUGGAGGAAAAAUAUUUUCUACCAAUGGGAAAAAAGCCAAUUUUGAAACGGCACUGAGCACAUGCAAAGAGGCUGGAGGGUCUAUUGCUGCUCCAAGAAGCCUGGCUGAGAAUGAUGCUAUUCUGUACUUCGUGAAAAGUUUUAAUACCUACGCCUACCUGGGGAUAAAGGAAUCUCUUAUUCCAAGAACAUUCCAGUUCCUAGAUGGUACAAAGCUGAACUAUACUAACUGGCAUUUAAAUGAACCUUCUGGCAAAGGGGAAGAGGAAUGCGUGGAGAUGUACACUGAUGGCACUUGGAAUGACAAGAAGUGCAACCAGAAUCGCCUUAUUGUUUGUCAGUUUUAGUGCUUCCCCCUACCACACUCUGCUAGACUCCCUAGAAUACACUUAUGUAUCCCUUGUCUCUUCAUCUGUAGCUAGUGAACUCAGAUAAUGCAGCAUGAAAAAUAAGUCACUCCUUCCCAGCCUGAUUUGCCUUUUAAACAAAUGCCAGCCAUAAAGGGGAAAUUACUUAACUAAA